AUGAGCGGGUCUACACAAGAAAAUAAUGAUGAGGAUAUCAAGAAAAACAGCAUUUACUGGGAACAUCAACUGGCGCUCCUUGAAAUCUCCCAGAGAUCCAACUCGCCUCAUUCGUACGCCCAUGCAGUGGCAGCUGCGUCUAAAAACAACGGCGGUCCUUCAAAUGUGGAUGCCAACUUAAUUGAUAGGGCCGUUGAACUGGUAAGGGAGGAGAAAAUGGCUUCUACCCAGCAACAACCGGGGAGCAGAACCCCGGCCCGCGCCAGCGGUAAUCCCCAGUUCCCCAAUCCCCAAGAUAAGAAAGAUCAGAUGGAAGAAGCUCGUCAGAAGCAUAUCAAUGAAGUAAUCAACAAGCAAUUUUGGACUGCAAUCGAUAUGUCUGGACAGGGGCUUUUGAACGUUAGCCCAAAGAUCUCCAACUACGGGUUUCUACAAAAGCUCUUCCUAAACAACAACAAUCUUGGCACUGUGCCGUUAGCUAUCACGCAAAUGAAGCAACUCAAGGUUUUGGAUUUAAGCAACAAUUUGAUCAAAGAGCUACCUGAAGAAAUCGGACGUAUGCUGAGCCUCCGGUAUCUGUUUUUGUUUGGUAACCAGAUCGAGCAACUGCCGGCUGAAUUGGGUGCGCUUUUCCAGUUAGAGAUGCUGGGCAUCGGUGGAAAUCCUCUCAACGACUCAUCGGCCAAGAUCUUCAGCAAGGGUGGCACCAAAGCGCUGAUUGUCGACCUCCGAGACUCGGCGCCGCCCGGCCCCCCUCCGCGUGCCCGGGAAUGGAUCCAUCUUGACGACACAGGCACUCGCAGUGAUACCAAUAAUGAACCACCGGUUGCCAAAACUCAAAACGGGUUCACCAUUCUCAGCUACAAUACUCUUUGUGACCGAUACACUACUCCUCAGUUAUACGGCUACACUGCGUCAUGGGCCCUGGAUUGGUCCUACCGUAGCGAAUUGUUGAUCUCUGAGGUGCUUUCUUAUGAUACUGAUAUCUUGUGUUUACAAGAAGUCAACAAGGAAACCCUAGACAACUUGUGGAUCCCCACCCUCGAGCCGAAAGGUUAUAAAUGUCUAUUUUAUCCCAAAACGCGAGCACGGACAAUGUCUAGUGAAGAAGAGAAGAAGGUGGUUGAUGGGUGUGUUAUUUGCUACAAGGAGUCCAAAAUGGAUCUCCUCAAGUACCAUCAUGUCGAAUACAAUUCUGCUGCCUUGGCUAAGGAGGAUCUCAAAAAGUCCGUCGAUGUGUUUAAUCGGGUAAUGACUCGCGAUAAUAUUGCUUUGGUUGCUUCUUUCGAGAUGAAAGAAACAAAACAAGUGUUUGUGAUUGUCAAUACUCAUUUACAUUGGGACCCAGCGUACUGCGAUGUGAAAUUGGUGCAGAGCGCCAUUCUUAUCGAACAGAUUGAAUCGAUCCUCAAAAAGUAUUUGUGUGGCGAUACCUCUGAAGCGCCGCUCAAGGACCUGAAAGCUAAAGAUAUGAAAAUGGUGCCCACAGUUAUUUGCGGCGAUUUCAACUCAACUUCCAAGUCUGGUGUCUACCAGCUAUUCAGCCAGGGCUCAGUACCACCUACGCACGAAGAUUUAAAGGGAUACUCGUAUGGCAAUUUCACAGAAAAAGGCAUUCAGCAAAAACUGGUUUUCAAAUCAGCCUACGCAGAUGAUCUCGAGCUUCCGUUUACGAACUUCACUCCGAACUUUACCGAGAGCAUUGAUUACAUCUGGUAUAGCACAUCAGGCCUCAAAGUUAAAGAUCUUAUGGGACAGGUUGAUCCAGAAUACGCUAGUCACUAUGUGGGAUUUCCUAACGCUCACCAUCCCAGUGAUCAUGUACCAAUUGCUGCGCAUUUGGAAUUCACAAAGUAG